GAGGGCGAGACGCCCCUGCCUUGGGCGACCAACCUGAACUUGUACGGGGCCGUGCUGCACCUUGCCACCGACGUGGCCCGCGGCGUGCUGGUCCUCGCCGCUGGACUCCUGCUGCAGGCCGGGCUGCUCGGGGACGCCGCCCGCGCGGACGCGCAGUGCGCGAUGCUGGUGGCGGCCUGCGUCUUCGCCGGCAGCGCCACCCUCCUGGUCUCCGCCUUCCCCGGCCGGCGCGCCCUGGGGGGCGCUCGCGGGCGCGGCCCGCCGCCGCGUGCCCUCCCCGAGGGCCUCGAUGCGCGGCGGGGACCAGUUUUCUGGACGUGCCGCGGCCCUGCGGCGUUCGAGGCU